AUUUGAAUUUGUCAAAUCUCACCGAAUUCCCUUGAUGGCCCCUGGAAUUGUCAGAGACACGAGUUCGUGUAUUCCUUUCAAGAAGAGUAUUCACAAGACACACACAAGUGCAAACGAUGAAACUUGCCUCUGUUAUUUUGCUUGGAUUUUUCACAGUGUGCUGUGGACAGUACGAUACCUACUACUGUAGAUAUCUGUCUAACGCCGACUGUACGUCCAAACCCGAGGACCUGCAAUGUGGGACGGACGGAAACACGUAUUAUAACGACUGCGAUCUCUCCAAAGCCCACUGCAAGGACAACUCACUCCACAGACGGUACAAGGGGCCCUGUCCCGUGGACAGUGUCGCCACCACCACCACCAGCAAACCCAUCGGCGGGGGAAGCAUCACCCAUCCCACCCAGGCCCCAAUCAACGGGUCCGAGAUUGCCUUUGACAUCUUCUGUUUAGAUCUGUUUCACCAUGAUUGUUCCAAUGAAAUGGCACAGCCCUUGUGUGCAUCUAACGGGAAAACCUACCAAAACCUAUGCGAGUAUGAGAAGACAAAAUGCACUCACAGAGAAUUACAGAUUGUUAAAAAUGCUCCAUGUAACUAACCAAUAAACUGUGAUUUUUUGGAUA